GCGGUCAUGUUGAGGCUAGACGCUGGUUAGUUCACUCUCUUAAUUUGUCUGUAGGCCGACCUGCAGAGCUCCAGCAUGGUUAGGUCACUGCUCAGUGUGCUGCUCGCCUCGGCUGUCCUGCUCUGCAGCGCCGCACCCACGGAGAAGCAUGGGGAUUCGGACAACAAGUGUCCUCUGAUGGUGAAGAUCCUGGACGCAGUGAAGGGCUCACCAGCCGGAUCUGUGUCACUCAAGGUGUCUCGGCAGGGGGCCAACGGAGAAUGGGUACAGGUCGCUACUGGAGUGACAGAUGCGACUGGGGAGGUUCAUAAUCUGAUCACAGAGCAGGAGUUCUCAGCAGGGGUGUACCGCGUUGAGUUUGAUACCAAGACCUACUGGAAGACCGAGGGCAGCACACCGUUCCAUGAAGUGGCUGAUGUGGUCUUUGAGGCCCAUGUUGGAGGCCAUCAACACUACACCUUGGCCCUGCUGCUCAGUCCCUACUCCUACACCACCACAGCCGUCGUCACCAACGGACAGCCGUGAUACAGAGCACACAUCAUCUGUAUUUACACAGCAUGCUGAGAGUACUGGGACAGUGAGCUAAAGUUUAAUGCUCAGCUUAUAGACACAUCUGCACUGUGAGCUGGAUUUCACAACAGGUUUGCCAGCUGUCCUUCUGGAUUUCAUUUGAAGGAGCGCUUACUGUAACCCGCUGCGUUAUAUUUUUAUAUGUAAACUUGUACUGUUAUCUUACUGUUACAUGGUCGUAGUGUUUCUGUUGUGCUGAGCAGGCCUUAACAAAUCCAGCAAAGCAAGUUUCAUUAAAGGAGUGUCAGCCUUUUAUUGUGCGUCUUCUGAGGCUUCAGUUUUCAUCUACAAGAGCAAAACCGACUUCAGCACACUGUCCCAGUACCCUGACACACACACACACACACACACACAAUGCUGUCUGGAAUUCACUCAUAUGGUGGCUUCAGAGCAGAAGGGGCACAAGUGAUCUUUUCCAAAUUGUAGAGCGGACCAAAUCAAAUCUCAUGAUUACAUUAAAAGGAGAAAAAAAAAUGUAGCGGCCAGUCAUAUACCUACUUUUGUGAUUCAGAAACCUGAUAUUCUACAGUAGCUAUUAAGUGCAUCAGUGCCCCUUUGUGCACUCAUUUUAUUCUGGGGUUUUCACCAGAUUAUUUGCUUAUGAUUACCAAAUGAAUGUGUUGCUUUUGGCCAUCAGAUUGAGCUCAGCAGGUCCUUCCAAUGAUCUAUAAUAUCAACUUUCAGCCAAAACAUCAAAUAUCACUGAUGCCCCCUUGAACUGAACAUUUGGUAUAUAUGUAUUAAUAAAGUGGCUAAGCAGCUGACUGA